CAUGUUCAUAUUGUCAUCUGUCGUCGUGGAGGAGAGUUUUAUUCAGAUGUUAGAAAAAUAAAAUUAACGAAAUGUCGAGUAAAGUAGAUAGAGUUCCUGAAAACAUAGAUUUUCCUAAAGAGGAGGAAAAGAUUUUACAGUUCUGGAAAGAAAUUGAUGCUUUUCAAAGUUGUUUAAAGCAAUCGAAAAAUAAACCCAGGUACUCAUUUUAUGACGGCCCACCUUUCGCCACUGGUUUACCUCACUAUGGACAUAUACUUGCAGGAACUAUAAAGGAUGUGGUGACUCGAUAUGCCCAUCAACAGGGUUACCAUGUAGAAAGGAGGUUUGGUUGGGACUGCCAUGGAUUGCCAGUUGAAUUUGAAAUAGACAAAACACUGGGCAUCAAAGGCCCUGAGGAUGUUGAGAAAAUGGGUAUUGAUAAGUACAAUGCUGAGUGCCGAAAAAUAGUUAUGAAGUAUGCUAAUGAAUGGGAGACCAUCAUCACUCGAAUGGGACGUUGGAUAGAUUUUAAAAAUGACUAUAAGACUCUCUAUCCUUCAUUUAUGGAGUCCAUCUGGUGGGUAUUCAAAGAACUUUAUAAUAAAGGUUUAGUUUACCAAGGAGUCAAAGUAAUGCCCUAUUCAACAGCAUGUUCUACUCCACUAUCCAACUUUGAAUCUGGGCAGAAUUAUAAAGUGGUAGUUGAUCCCACAGUUGUGGUGUCCUUCCCUACUACUGAGGGAUAUUCCCUUCUGGCUUGGACAACAACACCUUGGACAUUGCCUAGCAAUCUUUCUCUUUGUGUUAACCCAAAAUUGACGUACUUAAAAGUAAAGGAAAAAUCUACUGGUAAUUGCUAUGUCUUGCAAGAGUCGCGUUUUCCGGUAAUUUUCAAGAAUGUUGAUGAUUUUGAAAUAGUUGAAAAGUUUCUUGGUGAGAAACUAAAGGGUACAAAAUAUACGCCAAUAUUUGAUUACUUUGUUAAGCAGUGCCCAAAUGCAUUUAGAGUGUUAACUGAUGGUUAUGUUACUGAAGAUUCUGGUACGGGUGUGGUACAUCAGGCACCAUACUUUGGUGAAGACGAUUUUAGGGUUUGUCUUGCAGCUGGAAUCAUAACGAGAGACCAAGAUAUAAUAUGCCCUGUCGACGCCAGCGGUAAAUUCACAGAGCCAGUGAAGGAUUUCCUCAAUCAAUAUGUGAAAGAUGCUGAUAAAAAUAUAAUUGCAAAUUUAAAAGCUCGUAACAGACUGGUACAGGUGGGACAAGAAAAGCAUAGUUAUCCAUAUUGUUGGCGGUCCGAAACACCCCUUAUUUAUAAGGCUGUACCUUCCUGGUUCGUUAGAGUGGAGCAAAUGAGUCAAGAUUUGUUGAAAUCCAGUGAAGCCACAUACUGGGUUCCAGAAUAUGUUAAGGAAAAAAGAUUUGGAAACUGGCUGAAGGAGGCUCGUGACUGGGCCAUAAGUCGAAAUCGCUAUUGGGGCACACCUAUUCCACUCUGGAUGUCUAGUGAUAAGCAAGAAAUAAUUUGUGUUGGCAGCAUCGCUGAAUUACAAGCUUUGACUGGGAAAGAAAUCAACGAUUUGCACAGAGAAAACAUUGAUCACUUGGAAAUACCGUCCUCGCGGCCUGGUCACCCGCCUCUGAGGCGAGUUCCUGAAGUAUUUGAUUGUUGGUUCGAGUCUGGCUCCAUGCCUUAUGCUCAGUCACAUUAUCCAUUUGAAAACAAAAAAGAAUUUGAAGACAUUUUCCCAGCUAAUUUCAUUGCAGAAGGUAUUGAUCAAACUAGAGGUUGGUUUUAUACUUUGAUUGUGCUAUCCACAGCGCUUUUUAAUAGGCCACCAUUUAAAAAUUUGAUUGCCAAUGGUCUGAUUCUAGCAUCAGAUGGCCAAAAAAUGUCUAAGCGAAAGAAAAAUUAUCCAGAUCCUAUGGAAAUAGUCAAUAAAUAUGGUGCCGAUGCUCUGAGGUUAUAUCUCGUAAAUUCACCUGUCGUGAAGGCGGAAAACCUUCGUUUUAAAGAGGAAGGAGUAAGAGACGUUAUCAAGGACGUUUUCCUUCCUUGGUAUAACGCAUUCAGAUUUCUUAUGCAGAACGUAGAGAGGAUAAUCCAAGAAGAUAAAAUCGAGUACAAAUUUAAUGAGAAGGCUAUAAGAGAAAAUGUUAUGGAUAAGUGGAUAACGUCUUUUACUCAAUCUCUUAUCAAUUUUGUGAAAAAAGAAAUGGCUGCAUAUAGGUUGUACACAGUAGUGCCAAGACUAACCAAGUUUAUAGAUCAUCUUACGAACUGGUAUGUAAGAAUGAAUAGGAAAAGGCUAAAGGGAGACAAUGGAGUAAAAGACUGCCAGGUCGCUUUGGACACAUUGUUUGGUGUUUUGUUCGAUAUGGCGAGAGUAAUGGCACCAUUCACUCCCUACCUGACCGAGCAGAUGUACAAGGUCCUGCGGCAACUACUGCCGGGAGACUCCCUGGACAGUGUCCACUACAAUAUGAUUCCAGAGCCUAAGAUGGAACUCGUCGAUACCAACAUAGAGAGAGCCGUACAGAGAAUGCAAUCGGUAAUUGAAUUAGGCAGGGUUUUGAGAGAUCGUAAAACAAUACCUAUUAAAUAUCCAUUGCCAGAGAUGAUUGUCAUUCAUCGUGACAAAACAUAUUUAGAUGACGUCAAGUCUCUGGAGAAAUACGUCUUGGAAGAAAUGAACGUUAAGAAGAUCCAAGUCACCAGCGACAAAGAAAAGUAUGGAAUCAAAUUACGCGCUGAACCCGAUCACAAGCUGCUUGGCAUUCGACUGAAGGGAGAGUUCAAGGCAGUGACUCAAGCUUUAAAAGAACUUAAUAACGAACAAUGUGAAAAGAUUGUCGCCGAUGGCUACGUAGAAUUGGUAGGUCAACGCAUCGAUGUUUCUGAAAUAAGAUUCAUAUUCCAAGCAACUGGGAAUGACCAGUACGAGGCCCACAGUGAUAACGAUGUACUUGUUUUGCUGAACGUUACUCCCGACCAAGACAUGUUGGAUGAAGGAUUCGCAAGGGAAAUUAUCAAUAGAGUUCAGAAACUGAGAAAGAAGGCUCACUUAGUACCAACAGACGAAGUAAAUGUUUAUUACUCUGUUAACAAAUCUAGUGAUAUCCUGCGUAUAUUAAAUUUGCAUCGAGAAUUCAUUGAAAGUACUGUCAAGGCUCCAUUGAUACUAAUCGAAGAAAUGGCGUCAUCAAAACCAGUUAUAAUUGAGGAAACUCAAGAAUUGAAAGGCUCUCAAUUAAAGUUAGUGAUAACAUGGAGGAAAGAAUUAGAACUUCCUGUAAAACCGUGGGCCAAUGUUGUGUUACAAGAUAUCAGUCCACGCUUUGGAGUCACUGGCAAUAAAGCCAGUUUAUUACUUAAAGAUAAGAAUGAUAAAGAUAUAAGUGUAGAAAAACUUUACCAGGAAGUAAAUGUUUUAUUUGGUCUUUAUGGAAUUAAAUACACUUUGUGGUGCGAUGGAAAGGAAGUCGAAAAUAUUAAAAGCUUGAACACUAAGACUGUAGUGGUGUCCUUAUCGACACCACAGAAAUGUGAAGGGCAAGCUAGCCCUUUUUGCAAAUUUGUUAAUGUAUCUAACGGAAAUAAAUCGGCUACUUUAUUCUUAGAGAAUCCAAUUGGAAGGGAGACUCUAAACAAGGAAAAGGCAAUUCAAUUUGUUUCUGGUUCUCUAGGUAUUAAAAUAAGCGAUCUCUAAAGAAAUUGUCUUACUUUUCAAUGAGCAUUAUUUAUUUCAUGUGAGAAAGUAGUUUGAUACUUACAAAGUAACUUAUCUGUUUUUUUUUUACCAGAACUUAUUUAUUGUUGCUUCUAUAAAUGUAUUGUAUAAUGUGAAACAAAUAAUAAAUGUUUGGUUUUAA